UGCCCUCAUGCGGGAACAGUUAGUGAUAGCGCACAAUAUUUAAGCACCCAGAGCCCCGUUGAGCUGUACACGUAUCCAAUUCUUUCUUUGAAAAUCAAUCCGACCAUUCCUGCACUGAAAACCGUGAAGAAAGUUAGAGCCGCAGUAAACCAUGUUCGCGCCAAAGCCAAAGCCAAAGACUGCACUGGGUUAUCACCGCGUGCUGGCUCCGGUAGCUGGCGUGCGCGUGUCACCGCUAUGUCUUGGUGCCAUGAACUUCGGCGAGAACUGGAAGCAGUACAUGGGCGAGUGCACAAAAGAAACCGCCUUUGAGAUGAUGGACUACUUUUUCGAAAACGGCGGUAACUUCAUCGAUACGUCCAACAAUUACCAAGGCGAAGAGUCCGAAGAAUGGAUUGGCGAGUGGAUGGCCUCACGCAAGAAUCGCGAGCAGAUGGUCAUCGCAACCAAGUACACCACCUGCUAUCCCAACCCAACAGGUCCAAACCCGCCAAAGUUGACGGCCAACUACCAGGGCCAGCACGCUAAGUCGCUAAAGGUUUCCGUGGAGGCCAGCUUGAGGAAGCUCCAGACAGACUACAUUGAUCUGUUGUACAUCCACUGGUGGGACUUCACUACGUCGAUUCCGGAGAUCAUGCAGAGCCUGAAUCAUCUGGUUGCCCAGGGAAAGGUUCUCUACUUGGGAAUCAGCGACACGCCCGCCUGGGUUGUUUCCAAGGCGAACCAGUACGCUAGAGAUCACAAUCUGAGACAGUUCUCAGUGUAUCAGGGCAAGUGGUCUGCGGCGGACCGCGAUUUCGAGCGAGACAUCAUUCCAAUGUGCCGUGACGAAGGCAUGGCCAUCGCGCCAUGGGGUGCACUUGGUCAGGGACAGUUCCUGACCGAGGCGGACCGAAAGUCGAAGCAGGGUGGUCGUCAAAACCAAGCUACAGAGAACCACAUCAAGGUCUCGGGUGCUCUUGAAGCGAUCUCAAAGCGCAGGAACAACGUGCCGCUGACCUCUCUCGCGCUGGCCUAUGUGAUGCACAAAUAUCCGUGGGUGUAUCCUAUCGUCGGCGGCCGCAAGAUCGAUCACCUGAAGGGCAACAUCGAAGCCCUGCGACUGGAGCUCAGCAAAGAGGAGAUCGAAGAGAUCGACAACGCCACCGAUUUCAAGGUCGGGUUCCCGAUGGACUUCCUCUUCGAAUUUGGAGGCGCCCAGAAGUACAGGACGGACAUGACUGGCAGCGACGUUGCGCUGUUGAAAUCGGCGGCCAACCUCGACACGGUGCCAUGGCCGGCGCCGAUUAAGCCACAUACGUCGUGAUUUUAGACGGCUUUUCAUAAGAUACUUAACGAUGUGGAAGCAAAAUGAGACCAUGGACGUGAGGUCGCCCUCCUUGUAUCAUCGAAGGGCCUUGAUCUACGCAGCCAUGCUCGGCACGAACUUGGUAUAUCUUCAGACGGAAUCAUUAAAGAUCAUGAAAUAUCUUGGGGAGGUAGGCAAAAAAAGAAAAACAAACACAGUGGGCAUAAAUCAUAUUUUCAUAUGCUUCAUUCAUCUGGAUAGGAGGGCCUUACACGGGCUACCUCUAUAUAGCGUUUCGAAUUGAAGAGUGCACCUGUGCUACGUUCUCCAUCUGAUA